UUUUUGUUUCCAAUUUGAUUUUUUUUUUUUCCAAAGUUAUUAAUUUCUGGCUUUGUUUUCCCAAAAGGUUUUUUUUUUUGUCACAUUUCAAGGGUUUUUUUUUUGUGAAUGUAAAACUUGCAGUUAAUCCUGGAUUAAAUUGUUUUUUUUGUAAAGUUCCAUCCCAAUUCAGUCUGUCUCUUUCUUUUUUUAAAAUUUGUCCCAGUUUUCUAUUAAAUUUUUCGCGACUUAUCAAUUUGAACCAGGCCUUUACAGAUAUUUUCUUUAGUGAACCGUUUUUCUUCGUUACAUUUUUUGGUGCCGAAACCCGGGAUUGAUUAUUUUCUUUUGGAAAUUAGCCAUUUAUUUUUUCGUUAGCUGGGACAUUUUUUUUUUUUUUUCAAAAUUCUCCGCCAUCUUUUCCCCUAGAUUUUUUUUUAAACAAACCAACACAGAGCUGAUUUUAGUGGAUCCUGACAGUGCAUGAUGGCUGAACCAGCGGUACUGACACCACUUCAGAUGUGUGGAUUCGAUCCAGCGCCAGAAAGCUCCAAACUCAUCGAUCUUGAGUCAUUGCCCAGUGCAGAAACGCAGCCAAGCAUGCUGGCAAUUCUUCAGCACCAGACGUACAUGCAGGAGGUCAUCUUGCAGCAGUUCAGACAGAUCGACAUGCUAAAGUCGAUAGUCAGUAGGGUUGUUGGGGAACAACAGCAACAGCGGCAGUAUAUCCGAAGCCUGGAGGUAGCCCUGUUCGAAAGUAUGGCCCAGCGUCCACGAGUUUUCCCCAUCCCUACCCCUAAGCCUGACCUGAAGACGACCGAAGUUCCUCCCCGCGAGAAUGUGCAUACCGAUGGUGACGAGUCUGGUGGAUGUUCUGACAAGGCACAGAGCUGCAGCGAUGAAGGCACGAGCGGCCCACAGCCAAAUCUACUGCAGGCCCUGCAGGCCCAGCAGAGCGAUGCAGCUAUAAAGAGAGUCGUCGAGCUGAAGGAGGCAAGUCCAACUAGGAUGAGUAACAGGAAGAUGGAGAAGGAGUCCCGAGUAGUGAGGAAUCUACUCCAUGCAUGGGAUCGUCUUGAGGUCAAGGGCGGACUCCUGGUCUUCAGAAAAGGCGGAGACAAGCCGCGCUUCCUGGUGGUCCUCCCUCGACAACUGCGAAGGGCGGCAUUUCGUAGUCUGCACAGAACCAUGGAGACAUCGAGCUACGGCAGAGUGCUGAAAGUGGUCCGAGAGCGAUAUUUCUGGCCAAGUCUCCACAAUGAAACAAUGGGCUAUAUGAGACAGCAUCGAAAGGGAACACGGCAACUGGAGGUCUUCAAUGUCCCACCGCCUCAUGAGUUCCGGGAUGUGGGCCGAGGACCCUGAUGAUGGCUUUAUUCACAUUUUUCUAGUCUAGUUUGUGGAUAUUCUGAAGGUGUCGUUAUCAAUUGUAUAUUUUUGUUUAUGUUUGUUUGUUUGUUUUAUUCAUGUUUAAUUGAAUCAAUUUUUUUUUUAAUGCCAUUGCUGGGGACAGCAAUAUUUUAAAGAUGGCGUGAGUGUGGCAGGGCCAAAUUGAACUUGUAGUUUUUACUGUAUUGCUUUUAGUGUUUAGGUAUAGGUGUAGCUCCCCUGAAUAAAUCACCCCUUUUUAUUAGAUGUCCCCUACCUUUUCAUAGAAGUGUGUACCCCUGAUUAACUUUUCCCUCUUCCCCAGUAACAUGACCCCUUAGAACAAUAGCCCCUUUGAUAAGGCCCAUGUGCUCUGCCACCCUGUAAGUCCACAGCCCCUCACUUAGCAGACCAGCGGCAGUAGAGAGAGGACUGUGUAUUAUAUAUCCACUCUUCCCCUUUUCUUGGGAGCGCCUGCCCUGUGUGUUUAUCUGCUCAAGUCACCUGGUUUCAGUCAGAGUGCAUUUAAGGUCCAUUAUUUUGACGCUCUGUGUUGGUUUUUUCUUUUCGUCUUCUUUAGUUUUUUUGGUUGGGUUUAUUUACUUUUCAUUUCCAAUUACUUUUUGUUUCCAAUUUGGUUUUUUUCCAAAUUUAUUAAUUUCUGGUUUUGUUUUCCCAAAAGGUUUUUUUUGUGAAUGUAAAACUUGCAGUUAAUCCUGGAUUAAAUAGUUUUUUUUGUAAAGUUCCAUCCCAAUUCAGUCUGUCUCUUUCCUUUUUUAAAUUUGUCCCAGUUUUCUAUUAAAUUUUUCGCGACUUAUCAAUUUGAA